UUCUAUAAUAACAUCAUGGCUGCCCUCUGCACAGUCAGACACCGGUGGAAAAGGUUGAAAUGUCUGCAGGUUUUCACCAGAAACCUUACAGGGAGCUAUGACUAUGACUUGGUGGUUAUUGGUGGAGGCUCUGGAGGCCUGGCCUGCUCCAAAGAAGCGGCACAGCUGGGACAGAAAGUCGCCGUUUUAGAUUAUGUUGAGCCGUCUGCUAAAGGAACAAAAUGGGGUCUUGGUGGCACAUGUGUUAACGUUGGCUGCAUUCCUAAGAAGCUCAUGCAUCAGGCCGCUCUCCUUGGUACUGCAGUCAAAGAUGCGAAGAAGUACGGCUGGCAGAUGCCAGAGACGCUCCGCCAUGACUGGGCCACCAUGGCAGAGGCAGUUCAGAAUCAUGUCAGAUCUUUAAACUGGGGCCACAGAGUCCAGCUCCAAGACAAGAAAGUCAAAUAUCUGAACCUCAAAGGCAGUCUGCUGGACGAACACACAGUGAGAGGUCUGAGCAAAGCAGGAAAGGAGACAGUCCUGACCGCCAAGAACAUUGUGAUCGCCACAGGUGGACGACCAAAGUACCCGACUGAGAUCCCCGGAGCUGUGGAGCACGGCAUCACCAGCGACGACAUCUUCUGGCUGGAGAAGUCCCCUGGGAAAACACUCGUGGUUGGAGCCAGCUACGUCGCUCUCGAGUGCGCCGGCUUCCUCACAGGCAUCGGCUUGGACGCCACGUUGAUGGUUCGUAGCGUCGCCCUCCGGGGUUUUGAUCGGCAAAUGGCGGGUCUUGUGACGGAUUACAUGGAAGCGUAUGGGACCAGGUUCGUUUGGAGGUCCGUUCCCAAAAGAGUGGACAGGCUCCCGUCAGGAACCCUUCAGGUGACGUGGAGCGACACCGAAACCGGCAGGGAGCACAGAGACACCUACGACUCGGUGUUAUGGGCAGUGGGAAGGGCUCCCGAAACCAAGACCCUUGGACUCGACAAGCUGGCCGUGCAACUCAACCAAGAGACGGGGAAAAUAGUCGUAGGCCCAGACGAAUCCACCUCGGUGCCAAACGUCUAUGCUUUCGGAGACAUCGGCGAGGGUCGUCCAGAGCUGACCCCAACUGCCAUCAAGGCAGGAAAGCUCCUUGCCCACAGGCUUGCCGGCCAGAGCACCGUCCUUAUGAACUACGACAAUGUGGCCACCACAGUGUUCACCCCUCUGGAGUACGGCUGCGUCGGCCUAUCAGAGGAGGAGGCCGAGAGGAGAUGUGGAAAAGACGGGAUAGAGGUUUUCCACGCCUUCUACAAGCCACUAGAAUUCACCGUCGCAGAGCGCGAUGCCAGCCAGUGUUACGUAAAGGUUAUAUGUGAGAGGGGAGGCGACCAGAAGAUUCUGGGUCUGCAUCUCACUGGUCCGAAUGCUGGAGAGGUCAUACAGGGAUUCUCUCUGAGCUUGCAGUGUGGAGCCACGUAUCCUCACCUGCUGCAGACCGUAGGAAUCCACCCCACCUGCGCUGAGGAGGUGGUCAAGAUCCACAUCACAAAGCGCUCUGGUUUGGACCCAACGGUCACCGGCUGCUGAGGUUAGGCCCCUCGGUUUCUGAACACAGCGAGCACACGGGGCCCUUGAAGGGGGGGCUCUUAUAGGGGUUUUCCCAGUUUCACUUUACCUACCGGGACUGGUUACUGCAGCUCCUCCACUGGAAGGUCUGGUCACAAACCACCAAUUCGGGUUAUCAUUGUUCGCUAAUGCCAUUUGUUAACAAGGUCUGUUAUUAACCUCUACACAUAGAUGUGUGCCUUGAACGAACAAGGUAAUGAGAAAGAGUGAGAGGGCGAGAGGGCCCUGGUGUGGAAUGAGCUGCUUUUAAAUAACCCGGCUCAUCAAUCAGGAGGGAAACUCACAUUUAGGAUUUUUGCGGAGAAUUCACAAGAAGCGGGUCUGAAUUUUCUUCUGAAUAUACAUUCUGCAAAUAUUGUUGUUUCUCCGGCUGUACUUCCUGUCCAUUAGUCUUCGAGGUGACACAUACCAUACGGCCCCCCAGCCCCCAAAACGUGACACUGAUGGAUGGCCCCAGGGCCGUCGCCGCAGCGACACCGCUCCAUUUCCCAUGGACGCAAAUAGUCAGCAGGGCUGCUGUCAGUCAGCCUGCAGAGGCCUGGACUGAGGAGUUUACCCUCAGUCCAGGGUAAAGUCCUCCAUCCACAGGCAGGGACAAAUAUACUAAUAGGCUCUGUCAAAAAGCCGCACGAAUGCAAAAUCCAAGACUUACACAGCUCCAUUUCAUUUUACUUCAGCUGUUCUACCCAAAUUCACCCACAGGCGGCGCUGUUUCCCUCCUGUUUCUGUAAUGCAUUCUGAGCCGACAGUGGAAGACGGGAUGAAGCAGUCACUGUAUAAAACAUGAACCCGAGUGCAUUCAGGUUGCACAUUUAAUCCCUUUAAUCCCCAUUAGAGAUGCGUGCCUCCAGUAGUCUGACUUUAUUGGUGCCAAGCUGAUAAGGGUUAUCGGUUGUAUAUUUACACGGAUGGCAGGUUGGCCCUCGAGAGUCAUCACCCCUGGAGAUAAGGCGACUUGUUUAUAUCAAUAAAGCAUUAACGGAGCCCCGCGUCCGCCAAAGACCGUUCAUCCUGCCGCCUGCAUCGGACAUCUUGGCUUCGUUAAAGUCGACGGGGAGAAGAGGACGGGGCAGAACUCGGAAGAACCGGCGAAUACGUCGGAGUUUGUUUUUAUUUGAAGUUUAAUCUGCCCCGUCUGAUUAAUGAUUCCGAUGAAGGGAAUGACAGACCGUCAGGAGAUGGGGGGGGGCGAGAGGAAAAAAUGAGAGCAGGAAAGCUACCAGGUUUGUUUGAGAGAGAGAGAGAGAGAGAGCCGAGUACCAGCCCCGGUUGGGGAGGGAAAGAGGGGGGAUUCCUGUGUGCUCUGUUCAGGGCCGAGGUGCUGACUGAAGGACCCUGACCUCCGCUCAGCAGGAACAGCUUGACUCUAUCACUCGGAGCACAGAGGGCUCAUGUGGUGUAGCAGAGCACAGCAGGGGCCUGGGUGGAGGGGAGGAGAU